AUGGUACCCGCUCCGCUCAACUUUCCCAAGUGGAUUUCAGAGAAUGAGCACCUGCUAGCCCCUCCCGUGGGGAAUUUUUGUCUGUACAAGUCUCAAGACUACACCGUGAUGGCAGUGGGAGGACCAAAUGCUAGAUCAGAUUAUCAUUAUCAGCCUACCGAGGAGUUCUUUUAUCAGUACAAGGGAGCCAUGUUGCUGAAGAUUGUAGAGGAUGGCAUGUUCAAGGAUGUGAGGAUCGCAGAGGGAGAAAUGUUUAUGCUUCCUGGUGAGUCGCGCCCGCGCGCCCAACGAACGGGAGUGCGAAUGGAGCCACUUUUAAAGGCCGCAAACUCGCUCAUGCAUGCUGGACACUCCUCUUCUCACUGGCAGCAAACACGCCGCACUCUCCCGUGCGCUUCGCAAACACCAUUGGUCUGGUCGUGGAGCGUACAAGACCGGAAGCCCUCGAAGGUGAGCUGAGCUGCCCGCACGCAUCAAAGUUGCCUGCUCCCCCCAUGACCGCGCUCUUCGCAUCUGCGUGCACCACUGAACGAUAAUUUCUGGACCUCCCCUUCGACAAAAGACGCAAUGAGGUGGUACUGUCCAAACAUCUCCGCUCAUCCUUCGCCUCACAUCGUCAAGGAAUCUCGCUUCCUCUGCACGGAUCUAGGCACCCAGCUCAAGCCCGUCAUUCAAGCUUGGGCUUCGUCUAGCGACCAAGAGAGGACGUGCACAGAGUGCGGAAAAGUCGUGGGAGUGAGGGAACUCAUCGGUGCGCUCGAGGCCUGA